AUGUCGUUUGCCUCGGGGGACUUGUAUGUCUCGGGGCCAAGCGCCGGGUGUUGCUUUUCUGAAUCUGGGGAGUUGGCACCUGGAGUUGGCGACUGUCGGACGCAGGUCGAGCGGCGAUCUUCUUUUCAGAUGCAGAGACGCACAACGCACAUCCGUGGCUCCCAUCUAGGCAGCUCAUCCUCAAAAUCGCGCCCCGAGUUUCUAUCUACCUUUUGGUCUUCCCACGAACUAGUGCAGACUGUCUACCCCGGAGCAAGGCCUACCCGUGUCCCAUCGGUCCUCCGACCUGGCUACCCGAGAAGAUUCGCUACGCAAGAGAAGUCCCGUCGGUCCCGACUUGUGGUGCCAAACCCUCCUCAAACACUGCCCCAGAAAGCGAAUGAUGAUGUUCCAACGGCCGGUCCAGAACCCGAUCCUUUCCCAGCUAUCAUCCCUCGAGAGCUGUCCCAGGAGACAGCCGCCUCCCAAGCUUCUUCCCUCCGUAGAGCUCUAGGGUCAACGAACGAACACCAUCAUCCUACGCGAUCAACGACACAUACCCCAAGCCCGCGAGAGCCCCUGAAGCCAUCCAAGACCCCACGGGAUCGCUCCCAGGACACGCCGAGCAGUCACAGCUCUACAGGCGCUGCAGCUCAUCGAACACUUACUCGAGAGACAACCGCAACCGACACAUUCGUCACUGCUCCCCAGACUCCGUCGUCACAGAAGACGGAAGACGCGUGGGUCGAUAACACUCGGGAGUCUCUCCCCCGUGGACGACCAACGGAUACCCACGACAGCCCACAGGACCGGCCGGCCGUGGUCCCAGACGACGACUUACACACGAACCGUCUCUCGCACGCCGACUCCCUCGAGAGCCCCGCGCCGCAUCUCCUGUCCGGCGAACGACCGCACAUCAUGUCCGCAGAACGCCCGUACGUCGCCCCAGCAAGCCCCAGCCCCAUCGCGGGCGCGGGCGCGGGCGCCGACCCGACUGUUCUCACUCUCGCGGGCUCGGAGAAGAGACGUGUACGUUCGUCGAGCGUGGUUGCUGCUGUCUGUCCAAGCUGGGACCGGGCUCGAGACAGCCAGAAGGGAGGCUACGAGUUUGCCGUAGCCGCAAUUGUGCUCACUGGAUCCCUCACUGCGAUUGCAGAUGUCGCUGCAGCUGCAGCAGAGCGUAUCAAGGUUACGGAUUACUCGACAACGAGGGAGCAUGUUACGGUUACGGUUACGGACCACACCACCACCGCCGCGACGGCUGCGGUAGCUGCGUCUGGGGAUCCGCCGAUCGGGUCGACUCAGACGCGGCCUUCAACGGCGGCUGUGCCGCAGAUCCAAGUGCAGGUUGCGGGCAACGACGCUUCGAGUUUGAGUAAGGAGUUGGCGACGGGAGCCUAG